AUGCUGCGAUCCGACUACAAUCGCAUCGACCCGAAGCGGCGGGCCAAUCUUGACCACCGCAAGAAGCAGUUCGCCGACCCGGCCUACAAGGACACGACGUAUCCACACCGUCUGAACUUCUAUGCCGUGCCACCAACCGCCGACAUCACCCUCGAGCAGUUCGAGCAGUGGGCUAUCGACCGCCUGCGCGUCCUGGCCGAGCUGGAGGCAUGCUCCUUCCGCAACAAGAGCCCCGCCGAGACCGCCACCCACAUGGAGCCCCUGAUCAAGAAGUACCUCCCGCUCGAGUCCAACUCGAGUUCGAGCACCCAGCUGUCCGCACAGAGGCAGAAGGACCACUACAGCCACUUCAUCUUGCGCCUGGCCUUCGCCUCCACCGAGGAUCUGAGGCGGCGCUUCAGUCGCGUCGAGACCAUGCUGUUCCGCCUGCGGUUCAAUGAGGAGAACUCCAAGGAGAGAAAAGACUUCAUCAACAACCUGAGCCUGGACUGGGAGGAAGUCAGCGCCGAGGAACGUGCAGAGUACGUUGCGCAGCUGGCCGCACUGGCCCCCUUUCGCAAAGGCGUCCAGGAGGAAGAGAGCUGGUUCAAGGUUGACUGGGAGCGCGUGCCCGACCUCGUGGAGACUAGAAGGGUCUUCCUCAAGGCCGGCAAGGCCUAUGUGCCCUCCAAGGAGCAGACCAGCAUGGUCGUGGCUGAGUUCACGCAGAGACUGGAGCGAGCGCUCGAGCUAACGGCAAGGGCGCUGCCGAGACUGGAUGAGGACGACAGGCUCACGCCGAUCCUGGACCAUCUGUCCAAGAAUUUUGUCACCCCGGACGCGUCUUACAGCAGCAGUACAUCAUCCGUACCCGGAGCCGACAUCUCGGCGAGGAACAUCGACGCCCUUUCGGCCAGCUUUCCCCUGUGCAUGCAGAGUCUCCACAAAUCCCUCCGACGCGAUUCGCAUCUCAAGCAUUUCGGACGUCUCCAGUACACUCUGUUCUUGAAGGGCAUUGGGCUCAAUUUGGAGGAGUGCCUGGUGUUCUGGCGCAGCUCCUUCAACAAAAUCACAGACGACCAAUUCAACAAAGACUACCGUUACAACGUACGGCACUCGUACGGUGAUGUCGGCGGCGACUCCAAUCGCCGUGGCGGAGGUUACUCCCCCUUCUCGUGUCAGAAAAUUCUGACAGAGCACCCACCUGGCCCGGGCGAAACCCAUGGAUGCCCGUACCGCCACUUCAACCUGGAUAACCUGACGGCCCUGCUGCAAGGCGUCGGCAUUUCAGACGGAGCCGUAUUACGAGGAGUCAAGGAGGAUAAGGAGAACCAGAAAUUCCACAUGGCUUGUAAUCGCGUUUUCGAGUAUGUUCACAAGAAGGAACUCAAGCGGGCGAAGGAUGAGGGCGUCAUGACGUCGGCACAACUGGAGACCAUUGUGCACCCUAACGAAUACUUCAAGCGAAGCUACCUGCUCAAGAACCUGGGCAAGGAUACUACAAAGACCGAGGACAUCAAGAUGGAAGGCUAG